UUCCUGUUACCAGGGAGCUGCAGUGAAAAUGAUCUUCCUUUCAUCUGAGGAACAGGUAGAACCAGAUUCUCCAGGUGUGGAGAAAGCAAUCUGUGCUUCCCAUUUGAUAGUAGCAGCAAAUGUACAACUUUAUCUCCAACUUAUUUGACUUCAUUGUUUGGCUUUCAAUUAACUGUAUAAGAACCAUAAAGAAAGCUUGUGGCUUAGAAGUGAUUUAAGCACUUGAUCAAGCAUUCCACUCCAUGGCACUUGGCGUUUCUCUCAGACUAAGAACUCUAACACAAAAGUUGGGAAAACAAGAACAAGACACCAAGGAGGAAAAGGAAAAUGAAAGACCGACUUCAAGAAUUAAAACUGAAGACCAAGGAAAUGGAACUCUCUCGGGACAGCCAGGUGUUUGUGGAAGCAGAGGAACAAGGGGUGCUUGUCCAGCAAGCUGUUAUUUAUGAAAGAGAGCCUGUACUUGAGAGACACCUACAUGAGGUCCAAAAACUGCAGGAGAACAUUAACAGCUUUGUUGAUGAUGUUCAGCGAUUUGGACAGCAGCAGAAAAGUCUGGUGGCUUCUAUGAGAAGGUUUAGUCUACUUAAACGAGACUCUACCAUCGCCAAGGAGAUAAAAACCCAAGCAGAACACAUAAACAGAGCGCUGGGUGAAUUAGUUAAGGAAGUAAAAAAGUCAGAGGUUGAAAAUGGUCUAUCAUCAGUAGUCACGAGGAUACUUCAGUCUCAGUAUGCUUCCAUGUUCCGCCACUUUCAGCAAACCAUGUUUCUGUACAAUGACACAAUAGCUUUAAAGCAGGAAAAGUGCAAGACAUUUAUUGUGCGUCAGCUUGAAGUGGCUGGAAAAGAAGUGUCUGAAGAGGAAGUCGAUGACAUGCUUCAUCAUGGGAAAUGGGAGGUUUUUAAUGAAAGCUUACUCACAGAAACCAGUAUCACUAAAGCCCAACUCUCAGAGAUUGAACAGAGACACAAAGAACUUGUGAAUUUGGAGAACCAAGUGAAGGACCUCCGGGACCUUUUCAUUCAGAUAUCUCUUCUGGUAGAGGAACAAGGAGAGAGCAUCAACAACAUUGAGGUAAUGGUCAACAGCACAAAAGAUUACGUUAGCAAUACCAAAGAAAAAUUCGGACUUGCUGUAAAAUACAAAAGAAGAAACCCCUGCAGGGCCCUGUGCUGUUGCUGCUGUCCAUGCUGUGCCUCCAAAUAAAGACGCCAUCUUAGAGACUUU